UAUGUCACGAGUAAUCAAAUCAUCUUUCACAUUUCUUUUCAGAUCGUCAAACGUUAGUAACAACAACUGUACUUCCCAUUACUCUCUCACAUGACCAUGAAUUCCAUGGUCUUCCUGGUAGUGGUUGCACUGUUCUCCAAUGGGGCAACUUCACAGUCAACUGGAUAUACUAACCACACAGUUGGUGGUCCAGCUGGUUGGUUCUACAACAUUGCCACUAAAAAAGCUUCAUCUGAUUACUCUGCUUGGGCUGCUAAACAGACUUUCAAUCUUGGUGACUGUUUGAUAUUUAGUACAAACACCAACCAGACAGUUAUUCAAACAUACAAUCAGACCACAUAUAAGAACUGCACCAUGGAUGAGGCUUCAGAUGAUGACACAUUUCAGUAUCAAGGAGGCAGCAAUGAAUUUGGGAAACCGAUGACAAUCGCUGUUCCAUUGACCAUCAAGGGCCAACAAUACUAUUUCUCCGAUGCUGAUGAUGGUGACCAGUGCCUGAAUGGCAUGGCAUUUGAGAUCAAAGUGGGACAUGGUAAGGGACUCCCCCCGAGCCUCAACCAACCACCUCCUCCACCUUAUGUGGAACCACCAUCCGCUGUCGAAGAUGCCGAGUCACCACCUAUCACCGUGGUAACCAGCCGCCCUAACAGUGGUGUGAGGAGCAGUGCUGGACUCUUCUUGGCGGUUUCUGUACUUGUAAUGUUGGUGUUGCAUUUGGUCUGAGGUAGAAAGCUAUACUUCCUAGUUCUUUUGAGAAUCUGGAUAGCUCCUAGGCAGAUUGAGUUUUGGAGCUAUCUUAUAUUGUUUAGGAAUGAGAGAAAGAAAAGGAGUUAAUUCAACUUAUUACAGGUUUUUCUAUUUUAACAUAUUGUCAUAUUUUUCAUUCAAUUGUACUGUUGUAAUGAUUCUUGCCCUGUAUUACAGGAAGUUAUCUACUUUAGCCAAGAAAAUUCUAAUAAAACUUCCUGAUGUAUUUUUU